GAAAAAGCAUCCCCACCGUCCGCGCGUGAGCUCGAUCGACCCAAAGACUCCGAUGAACUUUCUGUCAAAUCUGAAUUUUCCUAAAGGCUCAUUUCAGCGUCAUCAUGGGGUUAGGUGGAUCAUUCUAUUUCAUUUUGACAGAAUAACUGUGUCCACUUGAGCUGAUAUACCACCGCGGAGGCACAUGUGUUGCUCCUGUUGGUGACGUGCUUGCAGUUGAAGUGGGCUCUCUCAGUCGGCAGUCAACGUAGGAACUGUCGUCAAAUCGGAACCCGCUGUGUUAAGAGUUACCGAGCUGCCCCUGUUUGGAGUAUUCAAUGCGGCCCAUUACUGAAAUGAAAGGUCACGUGGGACAAUGGGUACACACGCUAUGUUAGCUAUACCAGCAGGGACUCUUUUUUAAAUCUCAUGACAGUUCAUCAUAGGGAAGAUUGCCGGUAAUUUCUAAAUGGUCAUUCGGGAUCAUUCAGGAAAUGGUCGGAUUUUAAUUCCAGUGUCUCUCCGAAGGAUGGCAACUCGGCCGGACGUCUGACGUUGUACUGGUCACAACGGCCAUUGGAAUUCAGUUUCGGACCUUUGCCUGUUUGCAACACAGGAACGUCACAAGAUGCACUUUUCACAUUCGUAAGCUUCAGACCAAAGGAACAUUAAACAACAUAUUUUGGUGGCAGGAGAUUUUUAAGUGAAUUGGCUUUGGUUUAUGUGGAUCUGGUCUACGACCAUGGAAAAACCGCUUAAAGAAUCUAUGGAGCUCAAUGACUUUCGAGGCCCGGCACGCCCGAACUGUGGGGGUGAGCCAGUCCCCACCCCCCGGGCUGUGGAGGCGAAGCUGGACGCUGUCCCUGAGCGGGAAUACUGGAGUGGAAAGAUAGAGUUUGUGUUGUCGUGUGUGGGUCAGUGCGUGGGCCUGGGAAACGUGUGGAGGUUCCCCUACCUUUGCUAUAGGAAUGGCGGGGGGGCUUUCUUCAUUCCUUUCUUCCUGACGGCGUUCCUGGCUGGCAUCCCUAUGUACUUCAUGGAACUGGCUCUGGGGCAGUAUUUCAGCGUUGGGGGACUGGGCAUCUGGAAGAUCAGUCCAAUAUUCAAAGGUGUGGGUUACGCUGCUGCCGUGAUGGCGGCGUGGCUGAACGCCUACUACAUCGUCAUCCUGUCGUGGGGGUUGUUCUACCUGUGCUGCUCCUUCACGUCCCAGCUCUACUGGUCUCACUGCGACAACUGGUGGAACACUGGCCAGUGCCUGUCCGAGUACGACUUCCACAAACUCCCAUUCAACUGCACGAACGAGACAACCUGGUUUGAGGUCAACAUCACGUCGACUCUCAACUCCUCCACCGUCCUUAGCAUGUACCCCGACUACAACUGCACACAGACGUACGACGCGAAUCGUUUUAAUUCGCCGGUCGAAGAAUUCUGGUUUCGGUACGCCCUGCAGAUUACAGAUGGUAUAGCGACACCCGGUCGGCUGAGAUGGCAGCUGGCCCUCACGCUGCUGACAAUGUGGAUCCUCUGCUACUUCUGUAUAUGGAAAGGGGUCAAGUGGACAGGCAAGGUGGUGUACUUCACGGCGUUGUUUCCAUACGUCGUCUUGUUCAGCCUCCUCAUCCGGGGACUCACCCUGCCAGGCGCCAUGGAUGGCAUCCGGUUCUACAUCGUCCCGGACAUGGCGAGACUUAAGGAGUCGCAGGUGUGGAUAGAUGCGGCGUCCCAGAUCCUGUUCUCCUAUGGUCUGGGACUCGGCACCAUGAUAGCUCUCGGCAGCUACAACAGAUUCCACAACAACGUGUACAAGGACGCUGUCCUCAUCUCCUGCCUCAACAGCUCCACUAGCGUCUUCGCCGGUUUCGUCAUCUUCUCCGUCGUCGGGUUCAUGGCGCAUGAGCAGAAGAAACACGUCAGCAAAGUAGCCGCCGGAGGUCCCGGUCUGGCGUUCCUUGCCUACCCGUCAGCAGUGACCCAGCUCCCCAUCUCGCCACUCUGGUCCAUCCUGUUCUUCUCCAUGUUGAUCAUGCUGGGUAUGGACAGUCAGUUCUGUACUAUGGAAGGAUUCUUCACGGCUCUGAUAGACGAAUUCCCCCACAAGCUCCGCAAACACCGAGAGCUGUUUAUAGGCGGCGUGUGCUUUCUGUCGUAUUUAAUUGGGCUUUCCAUGGUGACGGAGGGUGGGAUGUACGUGUUUACUAUUUUCGAUACCUACGCUGCCAGCGGGAUGGGCCUGCUCAUCCUGAUAUUCUUCGAGUGUAUAGCCGUGUCGUGGGCCUACGGUAUAAACAACUUCUACGAGAACCUGAGGGAGAUGCUGGGAUUCUACCCCAGCGUGUUUUGGAAGGUGGCCUGGUGUGUCACCACUCCCGCCAUUACGCUGGGUGUGACAAUAUUUACCAUGUCAUCCUUUAAGCCAGUGAAGUACAUUGAUUACGAAUUCCCAACAUGGGCACAUGCUGUGGGAUGCCUGUUGGCGCUUUCAUCUAUAGGAAUAAUCCCCAUAUACGCCGUAUACAAGAUCAUCGUCACCCCUGGGCCCUUGCGGCAGCGUCUGAAGCAGCUGUUUCGCCCCGGAAUCACCUCGACGCGCCCCGAUGCCCCACCCCCGUACUCCUCAAUCCCGCUGGGGACAACCGACGGCGUCGCUCGUCUUUGAUGAAUGGCUAGUAUAGUGAGCACUGCAUUGAUGACGAUGACAUUACGUCAUAGGUCACGUGUCUGUAUCCACCAAUCAUGUGUCGUCUGAUAAGAGUCCGAUCAGACAUGUUCAGUGUUGAGAGUCGCUUUAUUGCCCGACUGGUCUUUAAAGUUCUGAAAGUGAUGGGUUCCAGCACGCUAUUGGGGUAUAUACGAAGGGACUCACGGUUGUGUCAAAACGUUCCUGGACAGUGGAUAUGCACGAAAAACGAAGACAGACGUCAAGAGAUGCAGUGUCAUGCCAUGUCGCCCUGUUGUCAACAAGCGUCAGGAUUCAUGUAGUUGUGGAAAUGGACGAAACCGAGUCAUUUCUUUCUUUUAAAUGCUUUAAGUAGAGGAAGAAGAUACUAUUUCUGCCCACACCGGGAAACAUGGUUACGUUUUGUCAAGGUCACUUGGAACACCAGUAACGAAGCCUGCGAUUGGUCAAUCUCUAGAUUCAUGUAGAAACUCAGUGUCACUGUUGUGAUUUUGUUGACAGUGAACGACUAGCGUACAUACAUUAUUAGCUAUAUGAAACCAUUUGAGCAGAUUUUGAAACCUGUAUUCUUACUAGAACGUAGUGCAGAGCUCUUGACACCAAAGUUGAAAAUGACGUCUUUCAAUUUAAUGUAGAAACUCACAUUUUUAGUUUUGGUUCAAGUGACUGUGGAUGGUUGUGUUUGUGAAGGUUGGACAGACGAGUGUGUAUUUAUAUAUUCCCUACACAGAAAGGAUUCUUUCUACUGACAUAGCAAUACAAGGCGUCAGACGCUUCCGGGCUGUCCAACACGGACCCAUGUUGCCGGAAGCAGGCAUCAUUGUAUAUAGUAGCACGGUUCAUGUUUUACACGUCUUGGCUGUUUGUUCACAUUGCGAAGAUUUUUUUACAAUUCCGUUGAGUACUUUUAUACCUUAUCGCCUCGUGGUGGUUUUCUCGUUAACUACGAAAUAUUCCAUUUUUCUAUGACAAGUCGUCAUUCACCAUUGUCAGCGUGAUAUUGAGUUAUAUAAACAUAUUGUUACAGUUAGCCAAUAGAAGGCUUUGGAAAUGUGGUUGUGAUUACGCAAAGUGCCCUGUAUAGUACGAUAGUAAUGGAUUUCAAAAUUAUCGACAUCGAUUUAAUUUAUAUUUUGAUGUCACAUGUUCAAAACCCUUGUAUGUUUUUUUUUUCGGUUGGGUUUUUCCGCACAUGGAUGAACUAUAUAUGAUAUCAAAUGCCAGUUAGUGGCCGUGAGUGGAUGUUAGUUUCUGAGUAGUGCGGUGCUGCCACCACCACGGUUGGUAGUAUGAUGCACGUAGUCAGUGUGAACUGUUUGUACUCAAUGUACAUUGAUGAUGUAUAUAUUCCUGACCUUAUAUAGGAAUGUUCUUUCUCGUUUUCUCGUUUUUUUAAUUGUAUGAAAGUUGUUAUGAAAAUCUUAUCACCUUUCAUGAAUCCUUUAGAUGUUCGGAAAAAAUCUACAAACAUAAUAAUAAUAAUAAUAAUAAUAAUAAUAAUAAUAAUAAUAAUUAUACAACCCUCUUUGCUGCAUUUUAAGUUUAAUCUGUAAAUAAUAAUUAAAAAAUAAUAAAAAUACAUCCAUAAAACAUUGUGAUCAUGAAUGCUUGUAAAUGCCUAAUAAUGAGUUCGAAAAUGGUAAAGAAACAGAAAGAUGUACAAAGAUACCGGUAGUUUUAUUACAAAUGUAACACCUGUCCUUACAAAACGGGACUGGAGGGAGGCCUUGGGGUUAAAGUGUUCGAUUCCCCGACCUAAAACUAUACCCACUUACUACUUACGAAACAUGCAAUAAUGUCUCAGCUGUACUAACGGUUUAUAUAUAUCGUGGUAUAAAAAAUGCAUAUUCAAGUGGAAUGCAUUUCAACCUAACUAAACAACACGGACAGUGAAAAUAAUGGCAUCUGUAACCUGUGAACGAGAACGUCCACUCAGAGCUAAACAUACUAUACACUUGAUUUGAUUUAAUUGUUACAAAUUCCUUGGUAUUUUGAAACCUUCUGCUCCCCACACUAAAGGGACGCCUCACCCUGGACGCGAGGUUGCUGUAUGGUUGUGAAGUUAGUUCAUUGAUAUUUGGUAAGAAAACAUUUAUACGCCUGGAGAAUAUUUUCAAGAUUUUGCCCUGGCCUUUUAUUCCUUUGAAAUGGUUUUGUGCUUGGUGAUAAGUAAUCUUUUCUAUUUUCUGAAACAUGGGAAAAAUGUCCGUGCAGGCCGCUCUAAGAGUGGUACUAUCCGUUGACCGUCACUGAACGCCAUUCUACCACAUCGCGUCGUCUAGUGGAGUAGCGAUACAAGUAUUUGAUGUAGUUCGCCGGAAGCGCCUCACCACAUGCGCAAUAACAAUAAGCGCGAGGUGUACCAAGCACUUGCCUUGGUUUUAUGACAUGACAACAGUUUUGUGUUACAUCGUGUAUCAUGAUUGUAGGUUAUAUAGUCGGGAGGAGCUCUUGUAACUUGGAGAAAGACAUCAGUGUCAUGUCACGUGACAGAAAUAAUUCCAACAUCGAGUAGGUUUUUGAAAACCGUUUUGAUAGACUAAUGCCAUGUUGGUAUUCCAGAGUGUGGUUGGGCUGAACGUGUCAUCGCAGCUCGCGAUGUGGUUCAUAUUUUCAACAGCUGACUUGGCUAUUACCAGGUCGUCGUGAUAGAGCUGGAACUUAAGCUGUGGUGUAAAACAACAUUCAUUCACUCACUCCGUGGAUGCAAUCGUCAUUUUCAGGGUGGCUCUGAUUUUUUGCCAAAUAAUACUGUCAAGAUAUGAAUUAUCAAUAUUUUAGGCCACAACAAGAUGAGUAUUUGUUCGUCGGUGGUAAUUUUAUUUUCAAAAUUAAAUGACAUUUCCUCUCACGAAACAUACUCUCCCUACCAAGGUUUAAGAAAGGAGUUAAAACACAAUAUUUGAUAAGCCCACAGACGGGUAUUCAAGUAGUUCAUUGUUAGAUAUAAUAAGUGUACAAUACACACGUGUAUUGGUUGAGACAUUCCCUAUUAGAAUCUGACUUCCGACCAAUACUUUUGACGAGCAAGUACUCAACGUGUAGUGAGUCUCACCAUCUACCUGUUUUGCACUGAUGUUUUAAAACUGUUGCUAGACUACACGGUAGCGUCUUGACGUUCAGUGUUGUGAUAUACAUAUUUAGACAAUACAUGUAGCAGGAUGUUAGGUUUUAAUUCCCAACAUCUGGGACGUAGAAUUUAAACAUUCGUAAUAAAGUAUUCAAAAUUCAAA